UGCUUCCAUCCAUAUUCCAAGAUUGUCAUUCAUUAAUUAUUGUCAAUCGCUGUAUAGGUUAUAAAUUGUAUUUUGUAAUAUUGUAAUUUAUUUAUUACUAGUCACUAAUAUAACUUACGUUCUUAAAAGCACAUUCAUUAUUUUAAUAUGGGCGACAGAGAUGACCUAAUUUCUCAGUUCACUGGCAUUACUGGACUAGAUGCAGAUAGAGCAAAGUUUUACCUAGACUCUUCAGCUUGGCAAUUGGAUGUCGCCUUAACAAGUUACUAUGAUACAAAUGAAGGUGAGGGCAAUGAUGAUGUACAAGUGGUGGGGGGUGAUGAUUUCAUUGAGGAAGUAACACCUCCCUCCCCUCCAGUGGCAACAGGCAGGGUUGUGGAACCAGAAUCUGCAAAACCAAAACCCCGAGUUGGCGGUGUGAGUAGUCGAGUAGCCACUCUUAGCAGUCUCCAGGCUGCAGCCGCUGGGGGAGCUAGUUCUGAUGAGGAGGAGGGGCAAGCGUUCUACGCUGGCGGCUCUGAGCACAGCGGACAACAAGUGCUAGGUCCGGGGAAGAAGAAGAAAGAUAUUGUUGCAGAAAUGUUUAAGUCCGUUCAGGAACAUGGAGCUGAAGUAGUAGAUCCAAGUGCUGGAAGUAGCAAGAGACCCAGCACCUUUCACGGCACUGGGUAUCGUCUGGGACAGUCUUCCAAUGACACUGAAGUGGUAGCCUUACCUUCAGGACGGAAAGAGUCUCACACAGAAGUGACGCUGAAACUGUGGAAGGAAGGAUUCAGUGUAGACGACGGACCUAUCAGAGAAUACGCAGAUCCGGCCAAUAGGGAGUUUCUGGACUAUGUCAGGAGAGGAGAGGUUCCCAGAGAGCUGCUACAGAAUGUCAGUGGUGGAGAGGUCCAUCUCAACAUGGAGGACCACAGACAUGAGGACUACACUCAACCCAAGUCUAGGGUGAAGGCAUUCAGCGGCAAGGGUCAACUGCUGGGCAGCCCGUCGCCCACGACUGUAGGUACGACUAAGCCGCUAGAUGAGAAGGACAAGCUGGCCAAUGAGAAGGAAGCAGCUGCUACAGUAGCCUUGGACCAGGCGGCACCGACCACCUCAGUACAGAUACGCCUGGCCGAUGGCUCACGCCUGGUGGCCACCUUCAACCACACUCACACUGUCGCCGACAUAAGGCGGUACAUUGCUACUGCUCGUCCACAAUAUGAACAUCAGUCUUUCACUCUACUGACUACGUUUCCCAAUAAAGAACUGACCCAGGACUCACAAACACUAGCAGACGCUGGUCUUCUCAACGCAGCAAUCCUGCAGAGGCUUACAUGAUCAUUUCAAUUUAAUCCCCAUUCUUGCUACUUUAAGGAGGCGAGUUUUCUACUAGUUAAAGACAAACCAAAUAAUUUGCUGAUUCUGGAAAAACUCUAGUUCCUCCCGCUAAUGUAUUUUUUUAAUUUGGAAUCGGAAACUUUGCAUUUUUCUUUACUUUACACUGUUGUAUUUCUGUGUACUAAAAAGUUAUGUAAAUACAUAAUUGUUAUAAAUGA